AUGUCGAUUCGAUUGUUUCGGACGGUCACAGUAUGGUGCUCGCUACUGCUUCCCCAUGUUGGGGCAGCGCCGCCAGACUCUGCAUCCAACCCAAAUAGAAUUUGGGACACUUCCCCUGCAUCCAGCUAUUCGGACAAUUAUCCUAUCGGCAAUGGACGUGUCGGCGCUAUGGUAGGUGGGAGUGCGUCCUCAGAGGCCAUCCAAGUGAACGAGGACUCAUACUGGUCGGGAGGCUUGCUACAUCGGGUCAAUCCCGAUGCAUACCAGACCGUGAAGCAGAUGCAAACGCUGCUCACCGGAGGAUUCUUGCAGGAUGCUUCUACCAUAUCAGGUUAUGGUUAUCAAGGCACCCCUGUGUCAACGCAACAUUAUGGGAGUAUGGGUUAUCUGACCUUGGCCAUGAAUCACACCAAAACCGUCACUGGCUACCAGCGGUGGCUUGAUCUUGAAGAAGGAGCCGCCGGCAUGUAUUACGUGAGUGAUGGCGUUGAGUACACUCGAGAGUAUAUCGCAAGCAACCCAGAAGAUGUUAUCGCUAUACGAAUUAAAGCCAGCCAACCCGGUUCUGUCGGUUUUACAAUUCAUUUUGAUCGUGGAUCUUCCCUCAACAGAUGGGAAGCAUACAGUGAACCCCUCGACAAUAACACCAUCCUUGUUGGUGGCAGCUCAGACGGUGUGGGUGGAAUUGACUGGGCUGCUGGCGCUCGCGUGGUAAGCUCUGGCGGCUCAGUCUACACACUUGGAGAUUAUGUCUUUUGUUCCGGAGCAGACGAGGCAACCAUCUAUUUCACUGCCUGGACAACAUUCCGCCAGUCUAAACCCCGCAAUGCGGUGCUCUCAGUCCUCACUAAGGCUGCCGGAAAGAGCUACAGCUUGGUCCGCGAGACUCAUGUUACCGAUUACCAGAAAUAUAUGUCAAGAGUCUCGUUAAACCUUGGGAACUCAACGGCCGCUCAGAAAGCGAUGACCACCCCGAAACGAGUGGCUGCGUUGAAUACCACCGCCACUGCAUUUGAUCCCGAAUUGGCGGCGUUAUAUUUCCAGUUUGGACGAUACGUAUUGAUCGCAACCUCGAGGGCAGGGACUCUUCCUCCCAAUCUGCAGGGGAUAUGGAAUCAAGAUAUGGACCCCCGAGUGGGGCUCGAAAUAUACCAUCAACAUCAAUUUAGAAAUGAAUUAUUGGCCGAGCUUGACAACCAUGUUGUCGCACAGAAGAUGUACCACGCUUCGGGGAUCGUCGCUCACCACAAUACCGACUUGUGGGGAGACUCUGCACCGCAAGAUAAUUACUUCUCUUCGACCUGUUGGCCGAUGGGAGCCAGCUGGCUGAUCACUCAUCUCAUGGAACAUUAUCGAUUCACCGGGGAUAAAGCCACCCUCAAGUCAAACUACGACCUCCUCCGGAAGACUGUUCUCUUUGCUCUCGAUUUCGUAACUCCUUAUGGAGAGUAUAUGCUUACCAACCCCAGUAUCUCGCCGGAGAAUGUCUACUUUAUUCCCAAUUCGACAGCACAGGCUGCAAUUACGUACGGACCAACGAUUGAUAACUCGCUGCUGUGGGAAAUACUAGGGGAACUGGUUGAUGCUCAGAGAGAGCUCGGCAUAAAUGACAAGAAGCUUACGGACGCGGCAACGGCUCUAAGGAGUAAAUUGCCCCCGUUGCGCAUGAAUCAGUACGGUGGUAUUGCAGAAUGGAUCCAUGACUACAACGAGACUGAUCCUGGUCAUCGACACUGGUCCAUGCUCUGGGGCAUGUACCCAGGUUCACAGAUUACAGCUUUCAAUCAGACCACUUUCAAUUGGGCGGUUUCGAGCAUUAAUCGUCGCCUGGAUCAUGGCAGCGGUUCCACUGCCUGGUCUCGAGCUUGGUCGAUCGCUCUCUCCGCGCGAGCUUUCCUGCCCGAUCUAGUACAGUCGAACCUGGCUCAGCAAUUGGCAAACUACACUACCGGAACCUCGUUCCUGGCAACCGGUCCUCCAUCACCCUUCCAAGUCGAUGGGACUCUCGGGGGCCCUGCUGGCAUGGUCGAAGCUUUCCUCCAGAGCCAUGAGACGGUGCUCGCGGGCAAUAAUGGCACACUCAUUGCAGCCCAAACUGGGGACGCGAACAAAAUCCACCUGAUUCGACUUCUUCCCACACUCCCCUCUACCUGGGCUGCAAACGGAGGAGGGUCCGUCUCAGGUCUGGUAGCUCGUGGUGCCUUUGAGGUCGAUAUGACUUGGUCAAGCGAUGGGAAGCUGAGAGAGGCUACUAUUACGUCCAACUUAGGUAACCAAGCAUAUGUGACUCUGGGUAGCUCACCGAUUGGAGCCACGAAUGCCACCAGUAUCACAGUGAAUGGCGUUGGAUCCGGCGGGUUUGUCUUGUUACCAUCAAGAAAAGGACACAAGUUCAAUGUAUCCCCUGCAUAA